AUGGGUUGUUUGGGGUGUAUUAUUGUUUGGGGGGGGGGGUUGGGGGUGAGUUUGGUUGGUUUGGAUGUUGAGGGGGUGGGGGGGGUGGGGGGUAGUGGUUGUGGGGGUGGGGUGGUGGGAUGGUUUUUUGGUUAUUGGUGUUUUGGUGGUUUGGGGGGGUUUGGUUGUUGGGUGUGUUUUUUGGGUGGGUUUUGGGUGUGUUGGGUUAUUGUUUAUGUGGGGGGGGGAGUGGUUGGGGUAGGGUGUUGUUUUUGGGGGUUGGGUGGUGGGUUUAUUGGUGGUUUUUGUUUGUUUAGGUAUUGGAGGGGGUUGGGGGGUGGUGUGAUUGUAGGGUUGUUUGGGGGGUAUGGGGUGGGUGGUGUUUUGUUUUUGGGGGGGAUGGAGGGUUUUGUGGUGGGGGGGAGGUGGUUGGUGGGUGGAUUUUGUGGUGUGGGGGAUUGGGUUUGGGGGGGUGGUUGGGUGGGGUGUUUGUUGGGUGGGGGGGGUAGUUGGGUAUGUGGGUAUUUGGUUGGGGAGGGGGGUUUGGUGAGGGUUGGGUGUGUUGGUGUGUGUGUGUGGGGGGGUGUGGUGAUAUGUAGGGAGGGAUUGAAGGUGGGUUGUGUUAUGUGGAUUGGGGUUUGUGUUGGUUUUUUUUGA